GGGCCUUACGGCCCAUUGGUAUAAAAGUCGUAACUCAAGUUCAUUCGACAUCAAAUCAUCAAUAAACAGCGAGUACUGGAUCAUCCAGCAGCGCUAAAACCCAAUACAGUCAUCAUGAACGCAUUCAUCGCCUUCUCCGCCCUCCUCGCCGUGGCCAGUGCCGGCUACCUGAGCGCACCAGUGUCCUACGCAGGUCACUACGGAGCUGCAGCACCCCUAGGUCACGACGGUACUGUAGUGGACACUCCUGAGGUUGCUCAGGCCAAAGCUGCCCACUUUGCCGAAUACGCCAGGGCUGCUGCCGCUGCUGCUGCUUCCGGACCUGUCGAUCAUCAUGGUGCCUACCCCGUCUACGGAAACCAUGGUUACGCUGCUCCUCUUGGACACGACGGACGCGUCGUAGAGACCCCUGAGGUCGCUCACGCCAGGGCUGCUCAUCUUGCUGAACACGCCAAGGCUGCAUCUGCCGCUUCGUACGGACCAUACAAUGGCGCUUACGCAUACGCCCCGGCUAAUGUUUAUGGCGCACAUGGUGCUGCUGCCCCUCUUGGACACGACGGCCGCGUCGUCGAGACCCCCGAGGUCGCCCACGCCAAGGCCGCUCACCUUGCCGCUCACGCUGCUGCCGCCUCUCAAGCCGUUCACGCCUGGUGAUUCGCUGGUUCUCUCUAUUCUGGUUCCUCGAUCAACAGACUGAUAACGAUAGUGUCCACUGUAUAUACGUGUCUUGCAAAUAUACACUUUAUUCAGAUUCUA